AUGUUGCUGCGUAAAGCGCUCGCGACUCUUUGCAGUACCCUAGUCGCUUUUUGUCUUGUAAAGCGGACCGUCAAUAUUUCGGAAACCGUUUGGCCCAGCGACAGAAAAGGUCAAGUCUGCCUACUAGCCUGCCGCCUGCAUGAAGCUGUCCUCCCACUCCCGAAGCUUUGCGGUGUGGAGUCACAUCCGGAAUCUCAAGCUGGCCUCCGGGACACGACGCGCUACAGCUGUGGCGGCUUGCUUAGUCCCAGCCCGGUAUGGUGUUGGAUAUGGGUUCGCGUACUGCUUGCACUUGCAUCCGACAGGAGAAACGGCUAUCGUGGUAUCAGCUAUCUAUGUUAG